AUGCGCAGGAAGUUUUCACCGACAGUCUUGCACCUGCCGCAGCGCCACGACGCGGAGGGCUCCCGCUCUCUUAGCUUCAGCGGCGUUGAAGAGGGGCCGCGCCGGGGCGGCGGCGGCUGGGACAGCCACGGCGUCGUCUACAUGCCUCAGGUGGCCUGCGCGGCCGGGACGCAGCGGAUGAGCGAGAUGCUGCAGCCGCGGCGGGUGAAGGACGCGGGACUGCAGCGGGUGCUUCAACGGCCCAUGAUGAAAAACCGUCGGAGCCCUGCACAUAACAUGGAUGGCGUUGGGGCGGAGGGACAAUCGCGGCCUCGGAUGUCAACUUUGUCCCUUCGCCGUGACGAGAGGAUUGACGAUGGAGAUGGGGCCGAUGCGCGUGCGGAGCGGGGUGGUAGUGAAGGCCGUGGCGGGGAAGGACACCAGCCGUCGGUUGGGGCAGGUACAACGUUUCCCCAGCCUUUGGUGGACGUGCGUGCCGCGUUUGGGCGCAUGAGCAGCGGUGUUGCCUAUCCUCGUCAUAGCCACGACAUCUCCGCUGGAAACAGGGCAACCGCAUCGCUGGCUCCGCCGCCGGUAUCCUCGCCGUCGUCGCACGCGGCAGGGGCAGCCCUUCAGGACGGCAACAGGACCCGUGAGUCGACAAAGUCAGACUGGUUGGAGGCGGCCACCGCGAGGACGACCCCGUUGCAUGCGCAUACAGAACGGCUCUCAGCUGUGGCCAGCACGCAGGAAUGCUACCGCGGAUGGAAAACGUCACCGUGCAAUGAUGAAGCUAUCCUCGCCAGAUCUGCAUUGAGCCCCGUGCACGGCACAGAUCGUUUCGCAGUCAUUCACUCAACCUCCCCCGGUGCUGAGGUGAUUGGGCAGUACGCGAAUCCCAAUGCCGUAGCAGAGCGCAUCCUUUACAUGCUGCUGCAACAAAAUGAGGAUCUAGCUGCAGUGGCACCCGAGAAGCCGAAUACAUGGAACGGCAACAAAGGCAGCAUGAACAGAAGCAGCGAAAGCAGUCCCGCCGCCGCCGCCGCCGCCGCUUCCUCCUCCUCGGGCGCUGUUGCACAGCCGCGACCCAGGUUGCAUGUGACGCCGCAAGAAAGACGUCUGUUACUCAGUUUUUUACGGGAAAAAGACCGUGAAAUACUGCGACUGCGUACCUCGUUGGCUGUUAGUUACCGUUUUGCUGCCUACGCCGUGCAUCGACAAUACGCGCGCGAUGUUCCUGGCGCCUACGCCGGCUCCGUCUCAGCGAUGGAAGCAUGCGGCUUGGGCGCGUCGGCGAGCGCCGUCAAGUGCAGGAAGGAAGAUUCGACACCCUGGGUAAAUCGGGCACCCCCGCACAUCCAUGGUCUCCCUAACGUGCCACUGCCGCUUGGUUUUGUCCACAGCGUGGGACAAGCUUGUGGGUUGUUGUCAAUGAUGAAUGUGGAGAACAUGGUCCAGAAGAAAAUGUCUGCUCGUUUUUUUCUAGGCUCGUGGCGAACAUACUUUGUGGUGGCCGAUGACCGCGGGUUGACCGUCUACCGCAGUGAGGAGGAUUACAGGCAGCACGCGUUCCAGCGGGCUCUGUUGUUGGUGCCCUUUAGGGACAUGGAGUACUUUGUGCCCUCGUUUCGUGAUGUGCCCGCGGCGGAUGAGAAACUGUGCGACGUGGCUGUCAAGUCAGGUGCUGCGCAUGCGUGGGGGCGGGUGACGGAAAGCGGCGGUGGUCUCUUCUCCUCCCCCCUUCACAUGGAGAGGAGGCCCAAGGAGGAGAGUGCGUUGAUGCAUGGGAGAAUAGGGGCUGUUGAGAAACACAAGGGCGACGCAGUGCACCUCAGUGAGGCUGCGGCUUUGCAGGAAGGUGACAGCAGGGCAUCGUUGUACAUGCGGCACAAACAACCUGAUCGAUAUGAUCAGCUGAUGACCCGCAUUGCUAUUGAGUAUGCCGGGGAUACGGAGCACGCCUACUUUGGCUUUAUCCCCAAGCAACCCAGUACACAGGCAUGCGGCAAGGCAGUGAACCCCCCCAUUCUCUUCCGCACGCGGAGCACGCAGGAGCAUGUGGAGUGGGCACACUACUUCGCGCAAUGUUUUAACCGAAAGCUGUAUCGUGAAAUGUUUCCCACUGCCGUAGCAGAAGCAUAUGCGGGACGAGUCUCAAAGGAGACCCAAAUCACGCCAGACGCCGCGGAGCCCACAUCCUUAGAAAGUCGUGCAAUCAAUGGUGAGGAGAAAGAGGAAGAGAAGAAUAGUAGAAGGCCCACAGUUGUGUCCAAGGAGAUCAUGGCAGUGGCUCACUGCGUGGCUGCGGCCUCACAGACGGCCCCACGUGAGCAACAUGACGCGGCCACUAAUACAGAGGAGGCGCAGAACGAGGAGACGGCCGACCUCAUGGCCAACCCGCCACCACCGCUCACUGUCCCGCCAAAGCGGGGCGUCAUAGGAUGCGAUGAAGUGCCUGAAAUUGUCUAUGAGGUUGUCGGAAAGCCGCAAGGGCCUGAAGGGAAUAUGAAGGAGACGGCAACGAUGGUGGAUGUGCCUGCAGAAGAGGUCGCGAAGACCACGUGCCUUGGAGGGAGCUUGUCACGGAGCUGCGAGGGCUGCUAG